UGCUGAGAAUCACAAACGAACAGGGAAGUCAGGCCCUCAGGACUGGAUGUUGGGCUGAAAAUAUAAAACCAAGCAGUUCACUGGGAUAGUUGACGUGUCCAGUUGCUCUCGGCGAGCCAAGAUGUUUAAAAAACUUAAGCAGAAGAUAAACGAGGAGCAGUCGCCGCAGAGGAAUGCGCAGACACCACAGCAGCAGGCCCAGAUGGGCAGCGGAGAGCGGCGCAGCAGCCAGACACCGCCUGUCCAUCAUGACGGUUUGCCAUCUCCCAGUGACAGACAGAUGCUGGCCGGGAUGAUAGCAGAGCCCGCUUUUCUCUCUGAGUAUACUAUCUUUGCUCUGGACCAUUCAAACCGACCCAAAACGGCCCAGGUAGCCAGUGUGAAUGCCUCCAGAGGAGUUGCAAGAUCUCCCAGAGGCAGCAUCAAUGGAGAUGGAAGUGUUUCUCCUCAGAAGGAGGAGUCGCAGUCAUUUGCACAGAAGUUACAGCUGAAAGUUCCCUCAAUGGAGUCGCUGAUUCGUGGCGGUGCCACUCGAGCGGAAAGUCUGUUCCGCUCCUCAUCUAAAGAAAACCUGGUUCGGAGCUCCUCCCGCGAAUCGUUGACGCCUUUAGGAGAAAACGAGCCGUCUGGGCCCCCCGCGUACGAUCCUCCCUCGGACAUUGAGAGCGAAGCUGAGGAGCUGCCAGGAAACGCGGAGGCUCUUUCUAAAGAGCAGCUGGUGCAUCGAUUGCUUCAGGUGGAGAGGAGUUUGGGAAAGUACAGAGGGAAAUACUCAGAGCUUGUUACUGCAUAUCGCACAGUGCAGCGAGAAAAAGAGAAAACACAGGCCAUCCUCAGUCAGAGUCAAGAUAAAUCUCUGCGCAGAAUAGGAGAGCUUCGUGAGGAGCUUCAAAUGGACCAGCAGGCCAAGAAACACCUGCAAGAUGAGUUUGAUGCUACGCUGGAGGAGAAGGACCAGAUGAUCACUGUCCUUCAAACACAAGUUGCCUUGUUGAAAAAGCGAGUAAAGGGAGUUUCUGAUGGUGUACUGCCCGCUGAGGGUGAAGCCCUUCAUCCUGAAGCGUCUUCAGAUUCUACUGCUGCUGCUCAGAGUCCAUCAAAAGAACAAGAACUGGAACCAGAGACACCUGAGGUAGAGGGCAACAAUGAUCCAACCAAACUCAUGGAGGCUCUCCAGAAGAGGGUAAAGAGGCAAGAAAACCUGCUGCAGAAGUGCAAAGAAGUGAUGCGCACACACAAGGAACGGAGUGUGCAGCUGAGCAGCGAGAACGAAGCUCUGCAGGAGCAGCUCCAGGAGAGACUUCAGGAGCUGGAGAAAAUGAAGGACCUGCACACGACAGAAAAGACGAAGUUGAUCACUCAGCUGCGGGAUGCCAAGAAUCUCAUUGAGCAACUGGAGCAGGACAAGGGAAUGGUCAUUGCUGAAACCAAGCGGCAGAUGCAUGAGACUCUUGAAAUGAAAGAAGAGGAAGUCGCACAGUUACGCUCCAGACUCCAGCAGGCUGUCGCCCAGAAGGAAGAAUUACAAGAGCAGAAAGAAAAGGCUGAGAAAUCAGCGUUUGAAGAGCUUGAACGCGCUCUGGGUGUGGCGCAGAGGGCCGAGGAGGCCAGAAAACAGCUGCAGGUCCAGCUGGAGCAGCGAGUAGCAGAAGUGGAGAGAGCGAGUGAGGAGGAGAGGAAGAGUCUUCAGCAGGAGCUCACAAGAGUGAAACAGGAAGUCGUUACCAUCAUGAAGAAAUCAUCAGAAGAAACUGUGGCUAAUUUGGAAAAAGCCCACAGUGAAGCUUUAGCUGCUAAAGAAGAAGAAAUGAAGGAAAGAAUCAGCAAAGCAGUGGAGCAAUGCAAAGAUGAGUUUCAGCAGUUGGCAAAGGAACGAGAGCAGCAGGCGUCUCUAGCUCUGGAGGACUCAGAGUUACAGAAGACGGCGAUAAGGACAGAAGCUGACAAUAAAGUGAAAGACAUGCAGCUGGAGCUGGAGGCUGCAAGAACAAGGAUUUUGGAGAUGGAGAGCUCUGUGAACAAGACCUCACAAGAUGAAUCCAGUUUAUCUCAAGGUCUUUCCAGUCAGCUGCAGGAGCUGAAGAAUAACCACAAAGAGCAUAUCGCUGCACUAGAAGCAAAACACCAAGAGGAGAUGGAAAAGGACAAGGCGGCUCUGAUCCAUCAGCAUGAUGCUGCUUUAGAGGAAGUCAAGGAGAAACACAGAUUGGAAAUGGAGACUCUGCUGAAAGAAAAAGAGCUGCAGUUCCAGAGUCACGUUGAAGACAUGAACCAGAAAACGCUGGAGAAACUGGAUGGGAAGCAGGCAGAGCUGGAGGCACUUUCUGCUGAACUUUCAGAGGUUUUAAGCAGCAGGCAGACUCUGGAGGAGAAACUGGCAGCAGCUGAGGAGACUGCAAAGGCAACUCAACAAGAAUGUGAGCAAAAGCUGCAGGAUCAGGUAUCAAAGCACAGAGUUGAGCUUGAAAAUAUCAAACUUGCGCAUGAACAGUCUCUUGGAGGUGUAGAAAAAACGUUGAAGCAGGAGCUUAAUGCACUAAAAAUUGUUCUGAGGGAAAAGGAAAAAGAACUUGAAGACGUUCUUUUCAAAGAGAAAACCAUACAGGAGAAAGCACAUUCCACUGCACAAAACCUGGAAAUCAAGAUUAGAGAGGUUGAAGAGCUGCAGCAGAGUUUAUUGCAAACUCGGCAAGAAAUUAUGAGCUUAAAGGAAUCUAACACUCAGUUCAACACAACAUCAGAGGAUCUGGAUCAAUGUAGGAAAAGUUUGACAGAUCUGAACAAUCAGCUGGAAGUAGCAAACAACCAAUGUGAGGAAAAAGAGAAGAUGCUCCAAGCAAUGAGGACUCAGUUAGAAAAAACCAAACAGGAGCUCCUAGAAAAGGAGAAGGCUUAUGUAGCAGAACAGAAAAAAAAUCAAGAGGAGCAAAAGUGCCUUAAGAAACAGCUGGAUGAUGAAAAAGCAGCUCAUGAAAUCAAACUAAAGAAUACUAUAUCCGAGAUGGAAGCAAAGGUGAAAAAACAGGAAACAAAGAUGGAAAAGUUCAAGCAGAAGGCCAAAGAAAUGCAGGAGAGCUUUAAGAAAAAGCUACAAGAGAAUGAAGAAAAUAUAAAAAAGGAACUUGCAAAAAAAGAGGCGGAGCUUCAGCAGAAAGAGCAGCAAGUCCAAGAAAAAAUUGUAGAGAUGGCUCAGAAGAGUUCGCAGGGCCUCAGUAGUGCUGUGUCAGAACUGCAGGAAAACCAUAAGAAGGAGCUAGAGAAGCUGCUCACAACCCGAGCAGAAGAGAUGGAGGUGGUGGAGCGUCGCUGGCAGGAGAAACUGGCACAACAGGAGGAAGAACUCACAGAGAAACAUUCAGCCAUCCUCCAGGAGAAAGCUCAGGAAUUGGAGGAAACAUCUCAGCAGCUCAGCAGAAGCCGGGACGAGAACCAGCAAUCGUCUCAGGAAUUAAAGGACCUAAAAGAGGACCUGGCAAUCCGGGAAACCACUGUGCAGAAGCUGCAGGAAGAACUGAACGAAGCAGCCGUUAAACUCGAAGGUUUGUCUCAGGGAGAAGCGUUGCUGAAGGAGCAAAUGGAGUCGACGGAGAAGAACCUGAACCAGGCUCUAAAUGAGAGAAACGUCCUUCAAGACCAGCUAAAGACGGCAGAAGAAGAAAGCAGAGCAAGCAUAAAGACUCUGUCAGAAAAGUUGAACGAAGCAGAGAAGCAGCUUGAAGCAUUGGAAAGCUCCAGAUUGACAAACACUAAAGAUCUGGAGAGUAAAAUUGAGCAAACAUCCACACAACUACAAGCCAAGGAAGCUGAAUUCCAGCAGCAAUUAGAUAUAAUCCUCGACAAAAUGGAGCGCUACUGUAAGGAGGUUAAGUCUAAAGUGGAGUCUUCCUCUGAUGAACUCCAACAACGCGUUGAAUGUCGCGUGAAAGAGCUGAACGGUAGACUGCUGUGCAGUCAGGAGAAUGUGGGGCGCUUACAGAGCAUUUUCCACACCAAGUUGGACAGAAUUUGCACUUUAGAGGAGAAUGUCCUCCACCACACACAGGAGAACAAGAAUCUAUGCAUUUCAUUAGAACAGGCGACUGCUCAGGUAGAUGUUCACAUGGAGCAUAUCAAAGCCUUAACACAAGAGAGGGAGAACAGCUCUCUUUCAAUCAGCGAACAGCUUCAGAAAAUACAGGAGCUGAACGAAACCAACAGAAUCAUGUCGGAAAGUCUGAAAGCCAAUGAGCUUCUUGUCGCCGACUUGAAAAAUCAGCUUGUACGUAAUGUGGAAGACAAGGAGGAAGCCAUAAAUACACUGAAGCAGCAACAUGAAGAGGAGAGACGAGAAGGAAUGGAGAGGCUAGAGCAGGAGAGGAAGAGGGCGGAGGCAAAGGUCAACCAGGACGACGACACGAUUAAAUCUCUGCAGAUGAGGCUAGAAGAGUUGGAGAAAGAAAUCUCAGAGAAGAACGAAUCUCUGCAGAAAUUGGCAGCGAGCGUCGACAAUCAGUCCAUCAGCAAGUCUGAGAUGGACCAGGUGUUGAGUGAAAAAGAGCAGAAAGUCAGCGACCUCGCCUCAGAGCUCGACGGCUGCAUCGGCCGACUCUCGGAGCUGCAGGAGCGCUUCGAGGGGAAGACGAAAGAGUGCGAGCGUCUCGCCUCGGAGCUGAAACAGCAGCACAUCAGCAGCGAGGACCAAAAGAAAGAGCUGGUGGAGCAGCUGCAGCAGAUCCAGAUGCAGCGCGAUCAGAGUGGUCACAUGGAACAAGAGCUGGGAGAAAAGCUGAGCUCCCUCCAGGAGGAGAACACGAAGUGUAAACUUGCGCUUGAAAGUCAAAGGGAGGAAUUUGAAAGGAUGAAAGACGAGAUUAACAAGAGCAAAGAGGAGAGUCUCAAAGCGACUGAAGAGAGGUUAUCUGCAGAGAGCACUCGGAAGAUAUCAGAGCUGAAGAAGAAAGCUGAGCAGAAAAUUAGUCAGAUUAGAAAACAGCUGACGGCUCAGCUCGAGGAAAAAGAGGAGACGGUUAAAUCUCUCCAGAAUAGCCUGGAGGAAAACAGAAGCAGCGAAACUUUGUGCAAAAAGCAAAUAGAAACAUUGGAGGAGAAAACAAAAUCACUCGAAGAAGCUCUUGUGAAGCUUAAAGAAGAGCAGGAGAACAAGCUGGAGCAGAUUGUGAGUAAUGAGAGGCUAGAGAAAGAAAGAUGUUUAGAAGAGCAGAAAGUCGCAUAUGAAGACAAGCUGAUUUCUCUCCAGAAGGAGGCGGCACAACAGGUGGAGCUCCGAGAAACUGAAACAACGCUGCAACAACUCCAGGCAAGGCUAAAGGAAGUAGAGGAGCAAAAUGAAAACCUCCUCUCAGAAAUAAACUGUCUGAAAGCAGAAAUCAUUGAAAAAGAUGCCCAGCUCACUCAGAGAUCAAUGACUCCUCCUUACAAUGUCCAUCGUUCGUCAGAAAUGGAGGUGAAGGUGGAGUGUAGCAGUGUGCAGCAAACUAUGAAUGUGAUGGGAAACGAGGUGGCAAAUCAUUCUCCUAUGCACAAAGAAGAGGACGUCGAUGGUGAUUCUUUGCAAACUCUUAAAGACAAAGUGAGCCAGAUGAAGAACGAGAAGGAGAAGAUCCAGAAGGAUUUCGCCAGGCUGCAGAAAGACAUGAGGCAGCUGAGGAAGGAGCAUGAACACGACCUGGAGUAUGUGAAGAAAGAGCUGCUGGAGGAGAACGAGAAAAGGCUAAAACUGGAGCUUGAAGACGUGGAAAUGAAGCACAACUCUGCUAUAAAGCAACUAAUGAGAGAGUUCAACACACAAAUGGCUCUGAAAGAGAGAGAGCUUGACUCCUCUGUGAAAGAGACAAUAGCCAAGGCCCAGGCUGUCGAGACUGAACUCAUCAGCAGCCAUCGAGAUGAAGCCAGCCAGCUGAAGAAGCUCAUUUCCCAGAAGGAAGACGAUUUGCAAAGAACUGUGCAGAAAUAUGAGCAGGUUAUACAGAAUCGCGAGGAGGAGAUGGGAGACAGAGUGUGGCAGGUUCAGAAACAGCUGGAAGAGCUCCAGGCACGCUGUGAGAUCGCCUCAGAGGCAACCCCUGAGGACCUGAAGGCUCAGCUCGCUGAGAAGACGACUCUUCUGAGCGAGGCGAGGCUGAAGGAGCAGGAGUUCGUUGAGAGAAUUCACUCACUUGAAGACAAGAUCAAAUUUCUCCACCGCAGCCCUGUUGUAACUCAUCUUGGUGGGACAUACAAAGAUCCUGGGAUAAAUACCUCAGAUUCUCUGUCGGAGUCUACAGAGAUGGAGUACCUGAGGAAGGUGCUGUUUGAAUACAUGAUGGGACGGGAAACAAAAACGAUGGCCAAAGUGAUUACCUCCAUGCUCAAGUUUCCUCCAGACCAAGCGCAAAAGGUUUUGGAUAAAGAAGACUCCAAACCAAUUCCAUGGCUACGAUGAGAUUCUGUUUGAAUUGGGAACUUCAUGAUGAACAUCUGCUGCUGAAGGGGAAGUCUGCCAUGGAUUAUUUGAAGUCCUUCCCAAUGAAUAAUGUCUUUUUAUGUGUACGUGUGUGUAAGGUUGUGUAUCUGCGUGCACACUGUAGGACAUCAGUGUGUGUGGGCGUGUGCGUGUGUGUGUGAAAAUCUAUAAAUUUAUGAGGGAAUAGAAACACAAAUCUUCCAUAAUCCAGUUCUACUUCAAGAUUAAGUUAAAUUUAUGUUUUAAAUAAUGUUUUUGGGUUAUUUUAGGAUGUGUUUAUAUAAAAAAAAGGCUUGUGCAAUAAAUAAUAUCAAACACUAAUGCUGACAGUCACUUGAUUUAUAUGUUCCUGUGUAGUUCCUUCGUCUGAUUGGCUUCCUCUGUAAAGCUGCAAACGACCCUUUAACUGUGCACUUGUACCACAUGAAGACACUGACUGGUCUUUGGACCCGGUUUGUUCAAUGCAGCAUUUUUUACACUUUCUAUUUUGACACUAACUGAGACGCUUCAAAACUCCACAAAAUGUAAAUUGUAAAGAAAUAAAACAAUGUAACAUAGAGCCAUGACUUUGCUUUACAUUUUGAGGCUAACAAAUUAAAUCUUCUCUUCAAAUCAGA